CCUCUCCACGUUUUCUGAUUGCUAACUCGCACGGGCCGCUGUCAGGUUCUUCACCGGACGUGUGAUUUCUAUUUCAGUAAUAUGUCAGCUAGUGUGAAAAUAUUAUUUGUUGUAUUCCUUUAAACUAACAAAUAAAAACCACGUACAGCCGCUUCUAGUCCGCUGAGCUGCAGUUUUAACAUUAAAAUGUAAGCUCCGCCUGUUGUCGACGUCACUUACGUAAGUCGACGUGAUCUGCAUGAAGGUAGUGUUGGGAUAAUUAUGGCAUCUCCGGGGUAUUUUGGUGAUGGUCCACGGAUACGCGUGCGUGACCCGUACUUUGCCGAGGUCAUCAGCCAGAGUAUGCGCGUGCCCGAGCGGCUGAGGUUCGGUUCCGCAUCUCACACGCACGAGCCUGCGGACAAAAGACCUGAAUGUCUACCUGCAGCCUACAGCAUGCACAUACCCGAUAGACUGGCCUUAACAGAUGUUCCUGACCUGAGUCCGCGGCCCCUCUUCUCCAAACAUACUUCAUCAAUGUGGGACCUACAGCACGGAUCCUUGGAUCGGGAGGUGUACAUGAGAGAGCCUGUCCAGAGUCUGCUACGUAGGUCUUAUAGUGACCACGCAUUAUGCCGGACCCCACCUGGAACCCCCACAUACUUCAGACAAGCACUCCACUCCCAGUCUCCUGCCUCACAGGAGUUCUGGCUCAGCCCUGAGGACGACACGGGAACUCCUGUCGAAUUUAUGGUGCUCCGCAGACAGGUUGUAAAGAUGAGCAGACGGAUAGCAGGGCUGGAGAGACAGAACUCAGAGCACAGACAGACAGAACUGGUGCUGUUUUCACUGCUGCUGUCUGCCUUAUUGAUCAACGGCUGGCUGUGGAUGCGCAGAUGACAUCGCCUACACCACAACAAGAACACUACAUAAACAGACUGCUCUACAUGAAGCUCUCAUAUAUUAUACAACAGAGCUUGUCCAGUAGAUCCUGUUGGACGUGUGUAAUAGUGAUUUACUAGGGUAAAUCAGAGGUGUCCCAAUUAUGGUAAAUGGAUGGCUAAGAAACCACACCUGUAGAGCACUGUUAUCGUUAUGGUAAGGUGUAACAUCUGCGUCAUCCAUUGGAGACCUGGUCUUUCCUGACCACCAUUACCAUAAAUACCCUUACUGGCAAUUGUGAUCAGACCACUGUAGUAGAUUGUGUGUAAGUAUCUUGCCUUGCGGAUUUAAUUUGUUCUGCAUAUUUUGCAAGCCUUGCUGGUUUUGUUCAAAAUACUUCUGACAUUACAGUGAUUAAAUGUGUUUAGAUUCUUAUCUGCUCUCAAUGAGAUUUGAAAAUCCUUUUCUAUUUUAACAUGUUUGUUUGUUCAGCUUGAUGUAUUAUAUAUAUUCACUAAUAAAAUUUGUAAUGA